CGUUUUCUCUCUCUAAAAAACAAACUCAUCUCUGGCUGUCUCUCUCUCUCUCUCUCUCAAAAUCAAAUCGUAGAAAAACCUGUGCGCCUCUCUGUGUCUCAACUUUUUAGGUUUUUGAAGUCCUGUUUGAGCUAAAAAAUGCAGGUCUUGUAGAUGGGUACGCAGCUCUGUUCAGUGCCCGCUCCUCUCUGCUCGAUCUACUGCUGAAACGGGUUUGGCAUUCAUGUCUUGGAAAUGCCGAAACAUAGACUAAGAUGAGUCAGGUAGAAGUGUCGAGGAUGAAGCCUCCUCUCGUUCCCCUUGCAACUCUGAUUGGUCGCGAGCUUAGGAAUGAGAAGGUUGAGAAACCUUUUGUGAAGUAUGGACAGGCUGCUCUGGCAAAGAAAGGAGAGGAUUACUUCCUAAUAAAGCCAGAUUGCCAGUGGGUUCCUGGGAAUCAGUCGACAUCAUUCUCUGUCUUUGCGAUUUUCGAUGGGCACAAUGGUAUAUCAGCCGCUAUCUUUGCGAAGGAGAAUUUACUGGCGAAUGUUUUGAGCGCAAUUCCUCAAGGAAUCAGUAGGGAAGAGUGGCUUCAAGUGCUUCCUCGGGCUCUAGUUGCAGGUUUUGUGAAAACUGACAUAGAAUUUCAGCAGAAAGGAGAAACUUCUGGGACAACGGUGACAUUUGUUGUGAUUGAUGGUUGGACUGUCACUGUUGCAUCUGUGGGGGAUUCACGAUGCAUAUUGGACACCCAAGGGGGUGUGGUUUCUCUCUUGACUGUUGAUCACAGGCUGGAAGAGAAUGCAGAAGAGAGAGAGCGUGUCACUGCUAGUGGGGGUGAAGUAGGAAGGCUCAAUGUAUUUGGAGGAAAUGAGGUUGGCCCCCUUCGCUGCUGGCCUGGUGGAUUAUGCCUUUCUCGGUCGAUUGGUGAUACAGAUGUUGGAGAAUUCAUUGUCCCAAUACCGCAUGUGAAGCAAGUGAAGCUUUCAACUGCUGGUGGAAGACUUAUAAUUGCUUCUGAUGGCAUCUGGGAUGCUUUAUCUUCUGAUAUGGCUGCCAAGUCUUGUCGAGGUUUACCUGCAGAGAUUGCCGCAAAGCUGGUUGUGAAGGAGGCUCUGAGGUCAAGGGGCCUGAAGGAUGAUACAACCUGCCUUGUUGUUGAUAUUAUCCCAUGUGACCAUCCCAUUCUACCACCAACCCCAAGGAAGAGACAGAAUGUUCUCAACUCAAUAUUCGGGAAGAAAUCUCAGAAUUCUAUGAACAAAUUAACAAAUAAGCUUUCUGCUGUUGGGGUUGUGGAGGAGUUGUUUGAAGAGGGUUCUGCAAUGCUCGCAGAAAGGCUGGGUAAGGAUUGUCCUUUGAACACAAACUCUGGGCUUUUCCGGUGUGCAGUCUGCCAAGUUGAUCAACCUCCAUCUGAUGGCUUAUCAGUAAAUUCAGGGCCUUUAUUCUCACCAGCAUCAAAACCAUGGGAAGGUCCCUUCCUUUGCGCUAACUGUCGGAAGAAGAAAGAUGCUAUGGAAGGGAAAAGGCCAAGUCAACCCACAGUGAUGUCAUAGUAAUUUCACUAUUAAAUUAGUAAAUAUUGAUAUUUUUUUUUCUCUGGCAGUGUUGAGCAUGCUUGUUUUUCCUCUUCGGAAAUUGUUUCUAUAGAUGUGUGUAAGAAAUGAGGUAGAGAGAUACAGAGAAUAGGUCUUCUGGAGGUUGUUAAAAAGUGUCUAAAUUCUGUUUGUGCUCAGCUGUUGGAUCGACUGACAGAGGACAAACAUGCUAUCUAUUAGAUAUGUUUGUGGUAGUUUGGCUACUAAAUACUAACGGCUUGAAUUUGUAAGUAAAUGAUGAUUGCCUAAUGAUAAGUUAUGUUGCUGCA